UGGGCUGCCUCUGAGCGCGAUUUGUGUGAGCAGGAGCGAGCGUGAUCGUGUAUUCCAAUUGGCCGCCCCUCCUUAGCGGACAGCUCGCGACCCCCGUCAACAACAACAGCUAUUGACGACGGAGACCGACUUCAGAAAUGAGACAUUGGGAUGUACGCGAGGGUCAAUGUCAGCAGCGUCUGGUUUCUCAGCUCAGCAUCAGUCUAGACACGGCGUAGAUCAUUGUGAAUGCUGUUGUUUUUGGACCUGAUCACCUGAAUAGGCCUUGAUGUUAUCUGCCAUUUUUUAUGUAGGUGAUGAAGCUCACACCAUGACUAUGAGCUUUCCAUAAUGCUGCUGUGGUGGGUGACAUAGGAAGUAUGGACCUGAUGAACGGACAGUCGAGCAUGAUAUAUUUCACAACCACUCCUUCUGAGCGGAGUAGCAGCUCUGAAUCUCUGAGUGAGAAAGCUUCUAAUGACCCUAAGAAAAGUUUUGAUGCAGUGGUCUUUGAUGUCCUGAAGGUGACGCCAGAAGAGUUUGCUAGUCAGAUAACGCUAAUGGAUGCACCUGUUUUUAAAGCUAUUCAGCCUGAAGAGCUGUCAAGUUGUGGCUGGAAUAAAAAGGAAAAGCACAGUUCAUCACCAAAUGUCGUAGCCUUCACUAGGAGGUUUAAUCAUGUUAGCUUUUGGGUUGUCCGAGAGAUUCUUACUGCACAAACACUCAAAAUAAGAGCUGAAGUUUUGAGCCACUAUGUUAAAACUGCAAAGAAAUUGUACGAGUUGAAUAACCUACAUGCCCUAAUGGCUGUUGUGUCGGGAUUGCAAAGUGCACCUAUCUUUAGGCUUACCAAAACAUGGGCGCUUUUGAGCAGGAAAGAUAAAACAACAUUUGAAAAAUUAGAAUAUCUGGUAUCUAAAGAGGACAAUUACAAGAGGCUCAGGGAUUAUGUUAAUAGUUUGAAGAUGACUCCAUGUAUUCCGUAUUUAGGCAUUUACCUAUCUGACUUGACAUACAUUGAUUCAGCGUACCCAUCCACACACAGUAUCAUUGAGAGUGAGCAAAGAUCAAAUCUAAUGAACAAUAUUUUGAGAAUCAUUUCAGAUCUUCAGCAGAGCUGUGAUUAUGAUAUUCCUCUGCUGCCUCAUGUUCAGAAGUAUUUGAACUCAGUGAGAUACAUUGAAGAACUUCAGAAAUUUGUCGAAGAUGACAAUUACAAACUAUCAUUAAGAAUUGAGCCUGGCACCAGCACACCACAGUCCCCUGCAUCAAGGGAAGAUCUUGCAGGACCUGACGCAGCACCAUCCCCACAGAGUAGCCGACGAUACAUGGCAGCAGAGGCAGCCCUAAUGAAUGUACCACCAACUCCACCUUCUUCCAGGCACCUACUAACUCAUGGACAUAGGAAGUCCCACAGCCUAGGAUACAACUUUAUACACAAGAUGAAUACAGUAGAGUUUAAGAGUGCUACAUUUCCCAAUGGAAGACCUCGGCACCUGCUUGAUGACAGUGUAAUGGAAAACUACACUCCUUCAAGAGUUCAAGCAGAAAGUUCCACCAUUUCCAGUGGAAUAUCAAUAGGUAGCAGUGAGGGUUCGGAACUCAGUGAAGAUGUAUCUUGGCCAGCAUUCGAAAGGAACUGGUUCUAUUAUUCUCUCUGCCCGGUGGCACGGGCUGGAAGGAAUGGCUGUCGAAGCCAAUUGAAGGCCCACAGUUCUGUGGAAUCCGAGGAACUGGCAGUAAAUCUCUUCCCAGGCACUGUUACAAUUCAAGGAGUUUUGAGAAGAAAGACCCUUCUGAAAGAAGGCAAAAAGCCUACGGUUGCUUCAUGGACCAAGUACUGGGUGGCACUGUGUGGAACAAAACUCUAUUACUACUCAGCCAAGUCCUUAAAAGCAACAGAAAGAAAGCAUUUCAAAUCAAGUUUGAGUAAGAGUGUGUCAGUUGUGGGUUGGAUGGUGAUGAUGGCUGAUGAUCCUGAGCAUCCAGACGUUUUCCAGCUUACAGACUCUGAAAGGGGAAACUCUUACAAAUUCCAGGCUGGGAAUAGAGGGAAUGCGAUGCUCUGGUUUAAGCAUUUGAGUUCUGCCUGCCAAAGCAACAGACAACAGGUCCCUGCGAACUUAAUGUCUUUUGAAUGACUGAAACACUGACUGAGUUCAGAAAUUGACUUGGAUGCAGGCUUGAUAAAAAUGUGCAGUUCGUGAAAGGACGUUAUGGAAAUGUUCCAGCAAUUUGUUCUUUCUGUGCCAGAAUUGAAUCCAGGGAUGUGCUUAAUGUCUUCAUAUUCAAGCACUGACCACACAGCACUAACCGCUAAGACUGAAUGGGAAUAAUGCGGUAGGCCUGGAAUAGCUGAGAAGCAUUUGAUAAAUUGAGCUGAAUGUCUAUGGACUGUGCACUCCAAUUGCACUGACUUCCCUGUGGAACCACUGCCUUAAGCAAGAAAUACGUUACACCAAAUAGUGUACACAAUAUAUCCAGUAAAGCUGGACUUUUGAUACAGAAAAUCCAGCUGGAUUACAGUUAUUGUAGUUAACAGUUUUGGGAGAGCUUUCUUAGCUUAUUUUUUGUUUCUUUUUCCUUCAGCAUUCGUUCGCUAAAUGCCCUAGUCUAGUUAACCCAUGUUGGGUGUGGAAACAGAAUGAACUAUCUGCAGACGUCAGUAUUACCGUGUAGAAUAAUUGCACAUCCAUAGGUUUUUAAUACCUAAAAAUAUUUUAUUUUGUUUGAAAAAGUGUUUUUUAACUGAACUGUUUUGUACCCAGCGUAAUUUCUUUUUUUUUGGUUUUUACAAUGUGAACAUUUUUCCUGUGGAUUUUAUCUGCUGCAAUCUUGAAUGAAGAAACCUACCUGUGGUAACUUUGUACUAUGAACGUUUAGACAUGCCAUUUGAUUAUUGUAUAUUUUUCUCAAUCUCUUUCACUAAUGUAUACAGCUUGCUUUGAAUCUCGCACAUCCUGCUAACACACAGCCAGUAUUCUAUGAAGUAACCCUUGAAGUACAACUGAACCUUAUAACUUUCUAAUGCUUUUUGUGUGACUGAUGUGUUUUCCACAACUCUGGAUGUGCUGUAUGUAUGUGAGUUUGCACAAGCAAGUUUAAACAUCCUUUAGGUACGUAUUAAAGAAAGUUUUCCUCUUCUAACCAUGUCUUAGAAAUGCAAACAGGUGGUGCAACCAUUAUGUAUUGUUCCAACAAAUUCAUUUUAUUGGGAGAGUAGUUUAAACUAUUUUCAUGGUUGUAUCCCACAUGUUCAGCUGUGGUCCUCAAAUGUCUGAUGAUCUAUUGUGGCCCCGCAAGUAAACAACUAAUUAUUUUGUUUCCCUUCUUUUUAUUACAUCCAAAACAAAACAACAUCAUCACUUCUAAUAGGUCAUGAAAAACACUGUCACAGCAAGUGUACAGCCCUAACCUCCUGUCCGUACAAAUAGUUCCUAACAGAAGUCCAGUUGACAGUUGUGCUAACACAAGUCAUUUUAAAUCACAUUUGAAUACGAUUAGAACAGCUAAUUGAAGCCAUAUUUAUUGUGCUGAAUCAGCUGAUUUACCAUUGGUCGUUCUAGUAUUCCUAACCCUGCAAACUUAUACUCCAAAGACAAUACUUAACAGUGAAGUAUUGUUAGCUGAGAUUAUCAUUUUGGGAAUUAAUAAGAGGUACAACAAAUGUGUAACCUUAAAAUUAAGCUGGAUAUUUGUGAAGUGAAGUAGAAAAGUUUGUUAUCGCGUGCCAGCUGAUCUUUCAAUCCAACUAUUUACUAAGUUCUUAAGUUCAGCCUUUUUGUUGGAGAAUUUCAGUGAACAUUGUCUUCUACAUGGUUGAUGAAGAAAAGAUUCCACCGAGGUUUUUCCGAGGGAUGCUGGAAAGCAAACAUUCUAUUAACAAGGGAAUUAAAGGCACAGGUAGAAAAUUGACACUUCUCCUCAUUAGAAUGUGCUAGGAAAAGACAGACACUAAGAGCUAUAUUCAAGUAAGUACUACAAAAAAGAAAUCAACUUUAGUUUUAUUGUUUAUUGUAUUGCUUUUGUUUAUGUACAAUAAGGGAUUGCUGUACCAAAGCUUAAUAGUUAUAAAAGAUUAUGACCGUUCUAAUAUUAGCCAUUAAUUUGAAGCUUUGACAUCGAAGUUACUUCUGAUUUACUUUGAUUGAUACUUCAUUUUGGCUGUCCAAAUACUACACUGAAAUAAAUUUCAUUUAGGAUGUGGGAAACAAGGGGAUAGACCUUGGGGUGAAAUGUUUCACUGGAUCUACUGAAGAAGAAUGCUAAGUAUAGACCCUAAUGUAAGAGGAUGCUGGAUGUAAAAUAAAAUAUUUCCAACA